GUUGAGAUCACCCUUUUUCUUUUUUUUUUCCUACAAAUCCGAGUCACUGAUCUUACUAUGCUCGUCUUAUACGAAACUGCUGCUGGCUAUGCUCUCUUCAAGCUUGUCAAUGAUUCCAAGCUCGAGAAGGCCGACGAUAUCUGGAAGGAUUUCGAGACUCCCGAACAGGCCAAUCAGGCUAUCAAGCUUAAGGCUUUCAAGAAGUUUGAAAACACCACCGAUGCCUUGUCUGCCGUAACUGGUAUUGUUGAAGGCAAAGUUCCCAAGAACUUGAAGAAGUUCUUGGAAGGCGAGAUUUCCGAGAAGGAUAUGAAGAAGGAGAAGUUGAUUAUCAGUGAUCCUAAGCUUGGUAGCGCAAUCAACAAGAAGUUGGGCAUCAGCGUUAUUUCCGAUUCCACUGUCUUGGACCUUUACAGAGGUAUCCGCCAGCAGUUUGAGUCUCUUGUCUCUGGUCUCUCACCUUCAGACCUCUCUGCCAUGUCUCUUGGUCUUUCUCACUCUCUUUCUCGCUAUAAGCUCAAGUUCAGCCCUGACAAGGUUGACACCAUGAUUGUCCAGGCAAUUGCUCUUCUUGAUGAUCUUGACAAGGAGUUGAACACAUAUGCUAUGCGUGUUAAGGAAUGGUACGGAUGGCACUUCCCCGAGAUGGGCAAGAUCAUUGUUGACAACCUUGCCUACGCUAAGGUUGUUAAGAUGAUGGGUUUCCGUACCAACGCCCAUUCUACUGAAUUGUCUGCCAUCCUCCCCGAGGAAUUGGAAGCUGAAGUUAAGGAAGCUGCCGAGAUUUCUAUGGGUACCGAAAUUUCUGAGGAGGAUAUUGAGAACAUUCACUGCCUGUGUGACCAAGUCAUCUCUAUCACUGAGUAUAGACAACAGUUGUACGAGUACUUGAAGAACCGCAUGAAUGCCAUUGCUCCUAACCUCACCAUUCUUGUUGGUGAACUUGUUGGUGCUCGCCUUAUCUCCCAUGCCGGUUCUUUGAUGAACUUGGCCAAGCAGCCUGCUUCCACCAUCCAGAUCCUUGGUGCCGAAAAGGCUCUUUUCCGUGCUUUGAAGACUAAGCACAACACACCCAAGUAUGGUUUGAUCUACCACGCUUCAUUGGUUGGCCAGGCUGGUGCCAAGCACAAAGCUAAGGUUGCCCGUGUCUUGGCUACCAAGACUGCCAUUGCUCUGAGAGUUGAUGCUCUUGGUGACGGUGAUUCACCUGAUGUCGGUACCGAUGGUCGCAUUAAGGUUGAGGCCAGAAUCCAGAUGCUUGAGGGUCGUGUUAAUGCUAGAGCCAACAAGGAGAAGCCCGCCCAGAAACAGCAGAAGUUCCAGUUUAACAAGACAGCACAAUACAAUGCACAGAGUGAUGUUGCUAUGACUGAAGCACCCAAGGAAGUCGAGGAGCCUAAGAAGAGAAAGAUCGAAGAAGUUGAAGUACCAGAGGCCAAGGAGGAGAAGAAGGCAAAGAAGGAGAAGAAGGAGAAGAAGGAUAAGAAGGAAAAGAAGGAGAAGAAGGAGAAGAAGGAGAAAAAGGAUAAGAAAGAGUAAAGACACGGUCUUUUGGCCAACAUCAAACUAUUCAGUAUACGCAUUUUGUAUUCUCCCUUCCCUCUUAUUUCAUUUUUUCAUUUGCGCCACAGGUCUGUCUAGGACCACCACCAUGUCCACUUUUUUUCCAUUAUCUAAUUACAAUAAAACAAGCUUCAAUUAU